CAGGGCCAGUUUUAAACCCAGGGCUAAGACUAACACAAACAUUUCGCCCAUCUCAAAAAUGGCAGCUGGAGUGCUUCCUCGGUCUAUCACAUGGAUGCCGACGACGGCCCUGAUUGGUUGGAAGUCUACAGCGCGCUGAAGUAGCCCUGGGGUCGCUUGUGUUUGUCAGAGCGCGGUACUUACAGGACUGCGUCACGGUAUGUCUACUCUGGUUGAAAAAGGUUGCGCUAAAUCGGAGGAUGCAGGGAGACACAAGGAAAUAGAGAAGAUUGCAAUGGAUGAGAGUCAAAUUAAAAAAACUGACAGCAGCAUCUCAGACCAGCCGAUGAACAGCAACCUCCCAAACCCUAUCAUGAAUGAUGUUGAAUUGACUGCGUCUAUCUGUGGAGAUGAAGAACAAAGUGUAAAUAUUGAGGAUUCUGAAGUGUCUAAUUUUUUGGCAAAAGAAACCCGUGAAGAAACGCCGGGAAAAGAAGAGACUCGACUUGACCCUCCUGAUGGGCAGCAAGACCAGAGCAACGAGAGAAAUAAAGAGAAAAAUUUAGGUAAAGAAGUAUUACUUUUGAUGCAAGCUUUAAAUACUUUGCAAACCCCCGAAGAGAAACUAGCAGCUCUUUGCAAGAAAUAUGCUGAUCUUUUGGAAGAGUCUAGGAAUUUCCAAAAACAGAUGAAGGUUUUGCAGAAGACGCAGUCUCAAGUGGUAAAAGAAAAGGUUCAUCUGCAGAGUGAGAACAGCAAGGCGAUUCUGGCACGAAGCAAACUUGAAUCUCUCUGCCGUGAGCUUCAGAGACACAAUAAAACUUUAAAGGAAGAAAAUCUUCAUCAAGCACGGGAAUACGAGGAAGAGCGCAAGGAAGCCACUGCUCACUUCCAGUUGACAUUGAAUGAGAUACAGGCACAGAUGGAGCAACAUGAUGCCUACAAUGCUAAACUUCGCCAGGAAAAUGCUGAACUGGGAGAUAAAUUAAAGAAGCUUAUUGAACAAUAUGCACUGAGAGAAGAGCACAUUGACAAAGUCUUCAAACAUAAGGAACUUCAACAACAACUCAUUGAUGCCAAACUUCAGCAAACCACUCAGCUUAUGAAGGAAGCCGAAGAGAGGCAUCAGCGGGAAAGAGAGUUUUUGUUGAAUGAGGCAACUGAAACAAGGCAAAAGUUUGAAGAAUUAAAACAACAAGAAAGCCAACUGAAACAGCAGCUUUCACUUUACAUGGAUAAAUUUGAGGAAUUUCAAACAACAAUGGCAAAAAGCAAUGAACUUUUUACAACAUUUCGCCAAGAAAUGGAGAAGAUGACUAAGAAAAUAAAGAAACUUGAAAAGGAAACUGUUGUCUGGCGCACAAAGUGGGAAAAUAACAACAAAGCGCUACUGCAAAUGGCUGAAGAGAAAACUGUACGAGACAAGGAAUACAAAGCUCUGCAGGUUAAAUUAGAGCGUCUAGAGAAACUCUGCAGGGCACUUCAAACCGAGAGAAACCAGCUGAAUAAGGUGGUAGAGGUUCUUCAGGAGCAGUUGCUGGAUGAUGAGGAACCCACAGAGGGUGACACAUUAGAGACGAGUACAGGAGAGUCAAAUGAAGAAAUAAAUGGCAUCCCAGACAGAGGAGAGACUGGAAUUCAGCCCAGGCCUGCACUGGAGUCCUCAGAGGAACAGGCCCCAACAGAUAACACUGUGCUAAAGGGACCGCCUUCUGCCAUUGAUUCUGUUGACUAAGACAAGGUGUCGGCAUUGCUUGAAAACACAUACACAGACUUAUAUAUAUGUAUCAAUAUAAACUAUACAUAUAUAUUUUGUGUAUCAUUUGUUGGUGGUAAUUUGUUUGUGGUGACAAAUUUCUUACUUUUUUCUACCAUAUCUGUAUUUUCUUAGGACUACUGAACUACAUGUGGUACAUAAAGCUUCCUAGCAAAUUCA